CCCUACAAGCCCGGGCUAAUUAUCGGGGAGGUUCAUGUGGAUAAAGUGGAGCUCAUCUCAGGCUUGCACACAUCAUGCCCCCGCCUCGUCGGCCACACUCGCGUUCGCGUCCCUUUUAAACAAAAAAUAAUAAUAAUAAUCAUAAUAAUCCCCCCCCUACCAACAUUACCGGCUCUCCAGACGUCGAUCCCCUCCUCUCUCGCCAGCGGGAUGAUGGACAGCCGGAUACUGGAGCCGCCUCACGCCCAGUUCGGAGGCUCCCUCGGCGGCGGCGGCAUGGUGGGCUUCCCGUACCACCUGAGCCAUCACCACGUCUACGAGCUGACAGGCGGACACCAGCUGCAGUCCGCGGCCGCCGUGCCCUUCUCCAUAGACGGAUUACUCAAUGGGUCGUGCGCGGCGUCGGUGGGAGGCGCCAACCCGCUGCUGGCGUCUGGAUGCGGGAUGAACGGAGACAAUCAGCCGUACAAGCUGACAGACUCGGGGGACCCGGACAAGGAGAGUCCCGGCUGCAAGAGGCGAAGAACGCGCACAAAUUUCACCGGCUGGCAGCUGGAGGAGCUGGAGAAGGCUUUCAACGAGAGCCACUACCCGGACGUGUUCAUGAGGGAGGCUCUGGCCCUCAGGCUGGACCUGAUCGAGUCCAGAGUGCAGGUCUGGUUCCAGAACCGUCGAGCCAAGUGGAGGAAGAAGGAGAACACCAAGAAAGGUCCGGGUCGACCCGCGCACAACGCACACCCGACCACCUGCAGUGGUGAGCCCAUGGACCCGGAAGAGAUCGCCCGGAGAGAACUGGACCGCCUGGAGAAGAAGAAGCGGAAGCAGGAGCGCCGCCUGCUCAAGGCCCAGAACAAGCACCUUCACGGGGAUCUAUUUCACACCCCGGGAUCGGACAGCGACAGCGGCAUGUCUCACGUCACCGACAGCGACCACAACAACUCCGCCUCGCAUUUGGACCUGGCGUCCAACUCGAUGCACACCCAGAGCCAGAACCAAAAACACUUGGACCAGGACGCUGGCGGCUCCGAGCUGGACUCGGCUGACGCCAGCCACCGCUCGAGCUUGUGCUCCGGCUCCAACCGAACCACCGGGUUGCAGAAACUCAACCCGUUCAGCGUGGAGAGCCUCCUCUCGGACUCCAGACCCAGACGCAAUGCAGCGGCCUUACCCGCCUCCCGGCCCCUCAUUGGGAAGGGCCACUUCCUGCUCUAUCCCAUCACUCAGCCGCUUGGAUUCAUUGUCCCGCAGACCGCCUUAAAAACGACUACGAACCCUGACAGUGGUUCCGAGAGCCCCGUGGGGAGGAACCAGGCGUCCGGCGUGCAGUGCUCCGGGUCUUCCGGGUGUAGGAGCACCUCGCCCGGGGACGUGGACAGGGAUCAGGCGGGGUCGGGUUCCACCAGUCCACAGACUGUGGCCCACGAACACGGUACACAAGGUGGCAAGGAACAUCUAGAGGAGAGUCCUGCUUCGGAACCACAGCCGAACUCUCAUGAAAAAACGGAAUAACUCCAAGAGGACACACAUUAAUUUAAGGCCAAAGCUCAACUUUGCCAUUUUAGGUUCUCCUCUCCCUUUUUUUGAGUGUGAGUGUCCGUUUUUCAAAUGUGUCAGAAACACAACGAAAUCCUCAAGAGCUGUAAAAAAACUAUUAUACUAUUUAUAUACAUAUGUGAGGCUUUUUUUCUUAAAUAAAUCUAUUGUAUACAAUCAACACAAAGCGUGUGCGACCUUAAAUAGCGAUAACACUUCCGGGUAGGGCCAGCCAAUCACAUGAGAGGAAAUCUCAUGCUGUAUUUUGGUAUAUUGCCUUAACAAAUGUAUUCAUCUAUAAGGCACACACACACACACACUCUCUCUCUCUCACACACACACACACACACACACACUCCAAAAAAAAGAUGAAAUGAGGUUAGGAGCCUGAGGCAAAAAAAAAGGGACCCGCUGCACUCCUGCAGAGUUUUGAUAUGAAA